UAUGAUCCUUCUCUCUCUAACCACUCAUUUCGGCAAUUCCGUUUUCUCUCUCUACACAAUAAACCUCUCUGCUUCACUCCUAAUUGAGUAAUUUCAGCUCCGGUGAAGCAAGGUUUCGGCGAUUGCAUCAUUUUAGUUGCAAAAUUAGGGUUCGAGAAUUGAGCGGACGAUGUGAAAUGGUAACCGCCGUUGCAUCCACUCCGAAGCAGCAACGGCCGUCGCAGAUUCCGAAGCGCCCGCCGCUGCUGCCGUCGGACUCCGACAAUGCGCCUCCGCGCCGCCCCAGAGCUCGCGAAGUCACCUCGCGCUACCUGUCCCUCUCGACGACGUCGUCUUCCUCCUCCUCCAAUUCCAAUACGACGUCGUCGUCGUCUUCCGUCACCUCCGGAUCGUCGAUUUCGUCGAGGAGGUCUCAAUCUCCGAUCCUCGGCACCGCCAUUUCCACUCCGAGGACUCAGCAGCGGGCGGUUUCUGCGGAGAGACGGCGGCCGCUGGCUACGGCUGCGACGCCGACCAGUGCGGAGAAAAUGCUGGUGAGGUCGGUGAGGAGUUUGUCAGUGUCGUUUCAGGGGCAAUCGUAUUCGCUGCCGGUGAGUAAGGUGAAGCCGCCUCCGGCGGCGGUGGGGACUCCGGGAGUUACGAGGAAGGGGACGCCGGAGAGGCGGAAAGCAGGGGUUACUCCUGUGAGAGAUCGGACGGUGAAGGAUAGAGACACUCCGAGGCCGAUCGAGCAGCAGCAACAUCUUUGGCCUGGGAGAUUGCGCAGCGAGAAUCCGAGUUUAAUGAGUCGAAGCUUGGAUUACGGCGCAGACAGAGCGAAUUGGAAUCGAUCCAGCCCUGCUAUUUCGGGAUUGAGAAAAUCUGUGGAUUCUGAAUUGAAGCUUGACGAUUCAGCAUUUAGCGACGGAGGUCGAUCGAGAUUGGGAGGUUCGUUGAAUUCGGAUGUUGAGAGUGUCUCUUCCGAGGGCACCGUUUCAGGAGAUACGACUCAAUUGCGAGGGAUGAUCGUACCAGCAAGAUGUUGGCAAGAAGCUAGCAACCGAGUUCAGAGAGUUGUAGAUCCUGCUUCACCCUUGUCAAACAGAAUUAAUGCCUCUUCCAAAUUAAUUGUGGCAAAGAGGUUUCAAACCGAUAGUCCUGUAUCGUCACCGCGGGAAAUUUAUGCGAACAGGGGACCUUCGCCUCUCAGAGGGGGUAACAGAGCGGCCUCACCGAGCAGGGCCAUGACUUCAGGGAAUGGUGCUCUGCCGAGGGGCAUGGCUAGUCCAAUAAGAGCUAGAAAUGGCACAGGGAAUGACAAUAGCAUGGUUAGUACGCCGUCCUUGAUAAGCUUUCCAAUUGAAUUGAGGAGAGGAAAGUUUGGUGAAAAUCGAAUAGCUGAUGCGCAUGAAUUGAGGAUGCUGUAUAACCGGCAGUUGCAGUGGCGAUUAGCAAAUGCAAAAGUAGAGAAUGCCAUUUUGGUUCAAAAACAUGCAGCAGAGAGACACCUUUAUAAUGCUUGGGUGAACACUUCAAAACUGCGGCACUCAGUUAGUUCCAAGAGGAUUGAACUACAAUCGUUGAGACUGAAUCUGAAGCUUUAUUCUAUGUUAAAGGAUCAAGAACCACAUUUGGAGACGUGGGGUAUGUUAGAUAGAGAUUACUGGAAUUCAGUUUCUGGUGCGAUAAAAGCGUUAGAAGCUAGCACUCUCCGUCUUCCUAUUGUUGAUGGUGCAAGGGCUGAUGUUCAUAAGGUUCAAGAAGCAAUACAUUCAGCUGUUGACGUAAUGCAAGCAAUGGAAUCUUCAAUAUACUCUCUGCAAUUGAAGGUGGAGCGGAUGAACUCACUGGCAACGGAACUUUCCAAGUUAAGCUCAAGGGAGUAUGGUUUGCUAACCCAAUGCAAAGAUUUAUUCUCAACAACAUUCAUACCCUUACAGGUGAUAAAUUGGAGCUUAAAUGUCCAAGUACAACAGGUUCAAUGUUCACAAGAGAGAUUUUCAAAGGAAACCUAACAUGCUGAUCACGAUUUUACGGCUAACACGGUAGGUAUGUUACAUAGCAGUUUUUAUGUCUGAUCGAAGAUCAUUUUAAAAUGUAGUUUGGUGUGUGCAGUGCAAGGUAGAUAUGAUAGGAUAUCCUAAUUUGGGGUUGUUCAUUGUGGCCUAGGUUGGUUGUAUACACUCAAUCCUCUUCAGUUUCAUUAAAUUUAUAUGUGUGAAUAUGCAUGUUUCA